AUGCCGAUCUACGAAAGAAUUGCAAAAGCCACCAAAUCCAAGCAAGCUUGGGAGAUUAUACAAGCGGCAUACAAAGGUGAGGAAAAAGUAAGAAAGGUACGUCUUCAAACCUUAAGAUCAGAAUUUGAGAAGUUAGAUAUGAAGGAGAAUUCAUCCAUUUCUAAGUAUUUUACAAAUGUUACAUCCAUAGUAAAUCAAAUGGCUUCCAAUGGAGAAAUUUUAGAAGAUCAAAGAGUGGUUGAAAAAAUUCUUCGCAGCUUGCCUAAAAAAUUUGAUUAUAUUGUAGUUGCCAUUGAAGAAUCUAGAGAUCUCUCUUCCCUUUCUCUAGAUGAUUUAUUGGGAACUUUGAAGGCUCAUGAAAUUCGGAUCAAUCAAAGAAAUUAUCCUCAUCCUCCUCCUCUUGACCAAGCUCUUAAAUCUCAAGUUUUAAUUACGGGAAGCCGUGGUUACAACCAUGGUCGAGGCCAUGGAAGGAGUGGAAAUUUCCAAGGAAGUGGUUCUAAUUUUCGUGGAAGAGGAAGAGCUUUUUCAAAAAAUGAAAAUUUUUCUAAGGAAGAUGAGAAAAAUCAACACACAAAUUUUUCACAAAGUAGAAGAGGCCGUGGUUUUUACCAAGGAAGAAAAGGCUAUGUUGAAUGUUUUCAUUGCAAUAAACCCGGUCACAAAAUUAAUGAAUGUUGGUACAAACAAGCUAAAAAAAAUGAGACUGGUUUUAUGCAUGAAAACAAGUCUGAUUUCCAUAAAAAUGACUCUCAUGAAACUUUGUUGAUUGCAUGCCAUGGUGAUAAUACUGAUGAUGUAUGGUAUUUGGAUAGUGGUGCUAGCAAAAACAUAACCAGCAACAAAAAUCUGUUUUCAAAUUUGGUUGAGGUGGAUCAUGGCUAA